CCCAGAAAUACUUCCUUAUUCCUGCAGACGUUCCACACGUUUUUCAGAAAUUAAAGGUAGCUCGUUUUUCAAACAAAGUGACAAUGCCAAAAGCCAAAAAGAAAAGUAAAAGAAACACGUUUGAUUACAGUAAAGACAGAAAGAAACUGAAAAAGCAGUUUAAGAAAAGGGAAGCCCCGAGAAUUGAGUGUCAUCAGAUCCGAAAUGCCUGGAGUGACAAGAAGUCUGUGGCAAGGAACUUGCGAGACAUGGGUCUGGCAUUUGACCCUAACCGUGCCCUCCCAAUUAAGACACAGACCUUUGCUGCUGUGGAGAAAACUGAAGAAGCUCCCACCCUCAAAUUUGUAAGGAAGCCAUACGUUCUCAAUGAACUUGUGGCAGAGGCGAAUCUCCCAGAGAAAGACACAAAGACCUUAUCCACAGACUUGAUCGAGUACGUGCAGUACAUGGUCAGGGAACACAGCGAGAACUACAAGGCUAUGGCCAGAGAUGAGAAGAACUAUUACCAGGACACGCCCUCACAGAUCAGGAGGAAAGUGGACCAGUAUAAACGCUGCCAUCAAGAGGAAUACAACACCUUCGUGGAGUCUCUCAAAGGUGGGAAACCUGUUUCCACAUAACUGGGCCUGUCUGUGGUGGUCAAAGACUUUCAGUGUAGAGAGGGAGAUUAUUCCUCUCCAUCAGUGGAGGCAGUCUGGGAGCGCUGACUCACAAUUAUUCUGUUUCUUUGAUGGACAGUAGAGGGAGUCAUGGUGCACUCAGCAACUCUCCUUCAAUCAGAAUGGAUGGUAAAUUGGGAUUUUAGGAACUGUAAACAUUUUAGAAAAAGACCAGACACAUUUUCAACAUGCAUAAAAUCAAACACUUUAUUAUAUUUGUUCAUACUUCCCGUAUGUAUCCCAAAAAUAGUUACACAAAUUCCAUACAGUAAGAACAUUUAAGACUGCUUUUGUAAUGAAGUGAACAUGUAUAUUUGUAAGGGGAAAUUCCACGGUAAGAGUGAUGGUGAGACUAAGAUUUUUCACUUUAAAGUGCAUGCCAAACAAAAACCAAUGAUUGCAAAGUUAAACAAACCAUACAACUGGAAAUUGUUAGAUACUUAGGGAUUUGGGCAAUGAGGCCUGUUAUAUACUUCCCCAGAGACGGAUGAACUUGUAGAUACCAUUUUUAUGUAUCUGCGUGCGGUUUAAAGGAAGUUGCUAACUAACGCAAUUGCUAACUAGCGUAUCUGCGAUACCCACAGACUUCCAUUAAUUGCGCUAACCCUAGUUAGCAUUGGCUUGUGAAACUACCUCUAACUUUCUUCAUGCUGGACACAGAGACAUAAAAAUGGUAUCCACGAGUUCAUCUGACUCUGGGGAAGUAUAUAACGGGCCUCAUCGCCCAAAUCCCGAAGUAUCUCUAACAAUUUCCUCUGGAAAUUUUACAAAAACACAUUUAUUUGAAGAACAGUGCAGAUGCAAAGUUUGGUAACAGAAUGAUGGAACAAGCUGUA